GUAGACUCCCGCUUCAUCUUAGCCAUCUUAGCCGUGGCUAUGCAAGAGUCGAGUGCAUGCGUUCGUGCACCAUCCACCCCGGGGGUUCACAGUAAUCCGGGCAUCAUGCAAAGCGACCAGGGUCAGGGUACGUGUAAUUCGAAUGGUACCAUACUGCUGCCUUGUCCCUACGCCAGCAUAUACCAGAUGGUGUAUGACGGAACUGCUGGGUCCCGAUAUGACGCGGUCAGUUUGGUGAAGAUGUUGAAUGUCGCCUCGUCUAUGGCGUCGGACAACCCAGCACAGACAUACUACCAAGGCGCCCGGCUUUACAACUCUGGACCGUACAGCCUCCAGAAUACGACAGACCUGGGGUCACCAGGGUCGACACGAUGCUAUGCAAGCGACGUCGCCAAUUGCCUUUAGGAUGGGUAGAUGGGCCUAAUUACUGCCCGUUGGACGAUGACAGUUCUCAG